AUGUCAUCUACAACCACUCUUACUGCCACUAUGAAUCCAACCACAGACAAAGUGACAUUCACUACCUCUAACACCCAGGGUGAGUUCGACUUGCUCGACAUAUUCUCCAACGAUAUGGAUUUCGAACAAGCCUACGACAUGUACAACAACAUACAGGAGAAAACCGCAUUGGGGUCAUUCGAACACUUGCAAAAAGUCCAGAUGUUGAACCAACAGUACGUCUCAAAUCUACCACCACCCAACCAGUUCCCCGACCAGUUUGCCUACGAAAGAGCCCAAAUAUUGAAUGGCGGGUACACCCCAAAACAGAAACCACCUGCCAACAACGACGACCCAUUCGACCAAUUUUUCACAAACACCGAAUCCAACGCUUUGGAAAAGUUCUUGGACAACUUGGCCAACCCCGUGGCUUCAGUCAACCCAUUACAGUUCUACAACAGAACGUCUCUGUUGGACGGCGACGUCGAUUUCAAUUUCGAAAUGCACACCAUGAAAGUGCCCCACCAUCUCAAACCAAAAUCUAUUGACCACGCGGCAUUGAAGCAAGAACUAACAGAAGCAUUUGCCCACCCAACAACAAUCACCCAGUUGCCAUCCCCAAACACAACCGACUACAAAACCACCCCACAAAAACCAACCCCACCAAAACCACAGUUUGUCACUCCACCCACAUCUGGCGACGAGCUGAAAAAAAGAACCAGCGAUAUCGAAGACGACGAAAGCGAAGAAGAAUCCACCAAACCACUAAAAAAGAGAAAAAGAUCAUCAACCAAACCCUUGCUCAGCCUCGAACAAAAACGUCUAAACCAUUCCCAUUCAGAACAGAAAAGACGUCAGUUGUGCAAACUCGCCUACCAACGCUGCCUCGAGUUGAUUAUCGACCUAGACGCAUUUAACAAACUCCCCGAACUAAACGAAAGCGAACGCAAAUCAAAACGUGCAAGAAUUAACAAAGACGGAUUGCCCAAUCUAAGCAAACACAACGCCUUGAUCAGAAUCAGCAACGAAAUGAUUCUCAUCAAAUCAAUGAACGACGGGUUAAAGAAAUUACUACAAAAUAGCUAA